GCUGCACGGCCUCCUCAUGCCGGGCAAUGCAUCAGCGAUCGCCACGUGGGCCGAGCGGCAGCGUGCGCAGGAAGAUGGAGGAGCAAUUCGGCUUCGAGCACGCCAGUGCCCUGGUCUUCGCGAGCGGCAUGCCCAACCAGAUGCUGACCAACGCGCUCAAUAGGCACAAUCUGGCAGUGAGCAUUCUGCAGCAAGACCUCCUCAAAAACGCUGUGGCCAUGGUGGGUCAGAAGUAUCAUGGCCGACAGAUGGAGGCGGUGGCUGCGCAGAUGAACGGUGUGGGGAAGACGCAUUACAUCAAGCGGGAGAUCCAUCGGCUCCAGGCAGAUCACAAUGGCAAGCCCUUGCUGCACCACGUGGAGAUCCGGGAGACCACGGACAUCUCGGCCCUGGUGUCCAAUUUGCUGAGCGAUCCGACAGAUACCGCGUAUCCCACGGCCGUGCACAUCGACCUGGCACAUAUCCUGCCAUCGCAUGUGGACACCCUGCUGUUCGAACUGCUGAUCGUGGGAAUGCUUCGUGAUACGCACCUUUGCAAAGUCUACCACCGAAGGGCCAAGAAAGAUUUCUUCUUCAUCGAGAUUCCCAACACUCCAGGGGAGAGCACCGCCAAGCAGCUCUCCUUCUGCCUGAUUUUGCCACGACAGUUCUUGACCAUGAGCGCCGACCGGCUGGACGAAGAGAUGCCCGUGAUCAAGGAGGUGGAUGGUGCGCCAUUGAUUUCCUUCGUGAAGAACGAUCUCUUGGAACUGGUUGGAAAGACCUUGGAAGCCAUGAGGAAGGAAGCCUUCAACCCAAAGUCCAGGCACUUCGAUGUGCAGUGGACCGGGGCCAAGGCAAAGCCCAUUGAUCUCAUCCGAACCUACGAGCUCUUGGAAGAGGUGUGUAGCUCCGAGACCUCGCCGCCCUCGUUCCUAGUCUUCAUGAACUUGGUGAAGUUCUUGGGCCAUCUCAUCAAGAGUGCCGAGGAGUGGAAUAUGAUGAACCUGGCACUGCUGCAAAACUUUGAUCCAGGUCUGAAGCAUUUCAAGCACUGCUUCUUCCGCUUGCUCAUCGAAACUUCCCGAGACUUUGCCCUGCGACAAGUCCCCAAGGCCAUGGACAUGACGACGCCCUCGAUCCUGGCGCCGCCGCCCAUGGCGCCGGGCCUGGGGCGCGGCACCAGCCGAGGCUCCGAUCCGACGAUGCCUCCGGAGCUCCUGCGGAACCUGAGCGGCAUGAGCGGCGGGGCGCCCUCCUUGACCCGCCGGGGAGCCAAGCGAGCGCGACGCGAGCGGAGAGAGCGAAGAGAGCGAAGAGUGGGGGAGGCGCGACGCGGCGAAGCCGCUGGUGAUGUGAAGAGGGAUGAGGCAAGACCAGUGGCCAGAACAAGCAUCCUGGCCUGGUCCGGGCCAGCAGCCGGGCGCAGCAGGAACUUGCUGCACAGAAUGAGGAUCGAUGCCUCGGCGUACGUGGCACGCUUCGAUCAGAUGCCCAGCUGGGAGAGCUGUAUCCAUCCCGUGGCCAACUUCAAGAAGAACGACCGAGGACUUGGCGAGAUCCGGUUUCGCUCGCGGUUUUCGCUCGCGGAGGAGAUCCGGUGGAUCGCGGUUGAGCGAUCCGGUGGACGUCCCAGCUAUGAAGAUGCCUAUGCGAUCACCUCGGAAGAUCGUACCGUGUACUUUUGGGUCUUUGAUGGACAUCGGGGUGGCUGUGCCAGUCGCUUCGCCUUCCAAACCGUGGACCAGCGGCUGCGGGAGCACUGCCGGUCUCGCGCCAAGUCGGACCGUGCCGGCAGCACGGCGGUGGGGGCGCUCGUGGUGCACGAGGACGACGGCAGCUUCUCGGCGAAGCUGGUGAAUUGCGGUGACUCGCGGUGCGUGGUGAUCCACGCGCCGGAGGAGAUGCGUGAGGGACGUGGAGGGAAGAAGAUCGAGGUGAAGUUGCCGGAGUCUUUGAAGUCCUUUCGUGAAGCCAGUGGUGAAGACUGGUCCAAGGAUGCAUCAUGGCUUCCUGAAUGGCCGGCAGUAGUGGAGACUAUCGAUCACAAGCCAAGCAUGUGGUUUGAGCGAGCACGGAUUGAAGCGGCUGGAGGGACAGUAGUGUGUGGGCGGACAGCACGGCUGGAUGGCAACCUCGCUGUCAGUCGUAGUCUUGGUGACUUUGAUUUCAAGAAGGAGAAGCGGCCGGCGGCGGAGCAGAAGGUCUCCUGCCUGCCGGACAUCUAUGAGGUGACAGGUUUGCAAGAAGGAAGUCUCCUGUUGCUUGCAUGCGAUGGUCUGUGGGACACCAUGUCGACAGAGGAGGCGGCACAAUUCGUACAUGAGCGGCUCCAAAGUAAUCCAUCCAUGGAGCUUGCUGACAUUGCACAAGAGCUCAUUGACUGCAGCCUGGUAGAAACACGGGACAAUGUAACCGUGUUGCUGGCACAGCUGGGUCAACCUGACCUGAGUGAGGUCGACAACCUCAUCAAACUGAUGAGCAUUCAACAGCGCUUGAAGUAUGGCCUGCCAGUGAUCCUCAUGGGUGAGACGGGCUGUGGUAAGACAGCCUUGGUGAAGUUCCUGGCGGAGACCUUGGAUUUCAAGCUGUGCACGUUGGACAUCCACGGUGGCAUUACGGACGCCAGUAUCAUUGCCUUCUUGGAAGACGCCAUCCAACAAGCGGACCACGAACGUGGAGCCGGGGCCACCGAGAAACGUCCAACGCGAGAGAGGAAGCGAGUGAGGGAGGUCUUGGUCUUCUUCGAUGAGAUCAACGCGGCGAACUGCAUGGCACUCUUUAAGACGAUCAUCAUCGACCGGAUGUACGGCAACAAAUAUAUCCCUGAGAACGUUCGCAUCAUCUCAUGCUGCAACCCCUACCGCAAGCGUCGUAACAAGGAGUUGGAAGACGUGGCCCUGGUCUACAAUGCCGCAGCAGGUGAUGCUGCCACCGGCAUCUCAGAUCCCAUGAAGGAGUUGGUCUACCGGGUCCAUCCGCUCCCCGAGAGUCUCAUCGACGUGGUCUCGGACUUUGGCUCCCUCUCCGAAGCCUCCGAGGAGAUCUACAUCAAGGCCAUCUUGAAGAAGGACCAACACCGGUCCACCGCUCAACCCGAGCUCCCGCGCAAGGAUGGGGCACCCGCCGAGCAGGCUGCGCCAGCGGAGUCUUCGGAUGAAUACGAGGUGUUCAUCAACGCCUUCUGCGAGCUGCUCUGCCAGUCCCAGAACUAUGUGCGUGAGGUGAACGAAGGCGAGCGCAGCGUGGUCUCCAUGCGCGACAUCGGCCGGGCGGCGCGUGUCUUCAAGUGGUUCUUGACCUCCUACAGUCGACUGCACGGUGAGAGUGCUUCUGCAGCGGUGCGCGACGACAAGGACGGCACGUUGAAGAUCGACGUCUGCAUCAAGCUGCGGGAGCAUCUCAGGAGAGCUUUGGUCCUGACCAUGGGCUAUUGCUAUCACUCCAGACUGAACCGCAACCAGCGCUGGGGCUACCGCAAGAGGCUGUGUGAGACCUGGGAACGUUUGAGGAGCAAGGACGAUGAUGCGAUGGUGUGGCUGCAAUUGGCGGAUGCCAAUGAGCUCAACAAGAUGCUCAUCGACACCUCCUACGAAUUCGUGUCGCAGAUGGACCUGGGCGAAGGCAUUGCCUUGAAUGAAGCUUUGCGCGAGAACCUCUUCAUGUUACUGGUGAGUGUCAUGAACCAGAUCCCCAUCUUGCUGAUUGGAAAGCCCGGAUGCUCCAAAAGUCUGGCGAUGGGCGUCUUGCAGAACAAUCUCAACGGAGAGGUGUCCAGCCGAGACUUCUUCAAAUCGAUGCCCGCCGUGGACGUCUUCGCCUACCAGUGCUCGCCGCUGUCGACGCCGGAUGCCAUUUUGAAUGCCUUCCACUCGGCUCGGCAGUCCAAUCUCGGCCACAAGAGCACCAUCGUCUGCGUGCUGUUGGAUGAGGUGGGCUUGGCGGAGGAAUCGCCUCAUUUACCUUUGAAGGUACUUCACAAAGAGCUUGAGGACCUUCGUGGUAUUGCGUGCGUGGGCAUCUCCAACUGGGCGUUGGAUGCGGCGAAGAUGAGCCGCUGCGUGACGCUGUACCGGCCGCCGCCCACGGUGGAGGACUUGAGUGUCACUGCGGAGGGUAUGGUGCAAUCGGCCAAUCUCAAAGCUUAUUUGCGAGCCCUUUCCGAAGCCUUUGCGGAGAUCUACAAGCGACAGAAGCGUGCUGACUUCUGGGGUAUGCGUGAGUUCUACAGCACGGUGCGGGUGAUCAACGCGGAGCUCAAGAUCCGCGCGGCCGAAGGCCUCGAAGCGGUGCUGGAGCCGAAGGUUUUGAUGAAGACGGUCCAACGAAAUUUCGGCGGUCAACCAGAAGAUGAGCUGGAGGCCUGCAUCGAAGAGUUCUUCGAACGCACCGGAAUGGACUUCAUGGACGUCACACGUCUCACCACUCCUGAGCUGAUCCAGCAGAACCUAGGGGAGCCGGAUGCCAGGCACCUCAUGUUGUUGACCAAGAACAACGCGGCCCUGCGGCUGCUCUUCGAGGGUGGUUUGUUGGACCACAGCCGUGCAGAGGUCAUGUUUGGAAGCACCUUCCCCAAUGACCUCAGCGACAUGUUCGUGGCCAUGAACCUCCAGCGUAUCAAGAGCUUCAUGCAACAGCCAAUCUCCCUGGUGAUGGUGCACUGCGAUUCUCUCUACGAAUCUUUGUACGACCUGCUGAACCAGCACUACAUGGAGUAUGCGGGCCAGCGAUAUGUGCGUAUUGCGCAUGGUUCCAAAGCCAAACAGUGCCCCAUCCACAAGCUCUUCCGCGUGAUCGUGGUCACUGAACUGAGCGAUGCCUAUUUCCGCCUGGCGCCCCCCCUGUUGAACCGCUUCGAGAAGCAAAUCUUCCUGCGCAAGGACUUGAUGACGAAAUCGGACGAAGCGCUGCUGGCCAGAGUGGGGAAGUUCUGGCAGACCCUCAACGAGCUCAUGAAUGCCGGCAAGAGCGUGAAGGACGACGACGCCCUGGAGGAGGCGACGCAGCGGCCCGGCACGAUGCUCAACACCGCGUCGCACCGGCCCAUCGCAGGCUAUCACCCCGAGUUGUUGAGCUCUUUGGUCUUCACCUUGCGCAAGAGCCACACGACCAAAUCCUUGGAUGAGUUGGUGGAGAUCGCCAAGCGCGCCGUGACCUGGGUCCUCACUCCGGAAGCGGUGUGCAUCACAGCAGCCACCCUGCAGCCCAAGGAGAUGCAGAUGAAAUUUGGCUUUGACAUCGUGAGCGAAUACUUCGAACAACAGAGGCACUCGGAUCUGCCAUCCUUUGCGGAGAUGACCGUGCAGAACAAGGAGUUCUGGUGCGACGAGUAUGGUGGCCAGACCAUGGUCAUGACCUACAGCCCUAUCCGUGGCAAGGUGGGCGCUGAGUUGGGCAAGGUUGAAGGCCUGGUGGCACGGGCAGAGGUCUCCUUGCAUGAGCUCUCCUCCUCCACCGACAUCGAAAAGGCCGUGCACGACUUUUACAACUUGACCGAUGCCUCGGGCGCGAAGAACUUCUUGAUCAUCCACGCGGACCCGGUCGCGGCCUCGGUUCGGAUGAUCGAGCACUGCCGCUUCGUGUGCGAGAAGGCACGCAACAGCUUCUGCCAAAAGGGCAAAGGCGUGGAGGGCAGCAUGUUUGUGGUCCUGGUGGUUCACCUUCAACGAGGCUACGACGGGAAGUUCUCCUUCGACUUCGAUUCCCAGUGGUCGGCGGUCUUCUUGGAUUCCGUGGAGCCGUCCGCCGACUUGAGCUCCAUGCCGUCGUUGGGAGCCAUGUUGAACAUGCCCCUCAUCGAUGUGGUGGAAGGUUUGGAGUUCCCCAAGUUGCUACGCAGCUGCUUCCGAUCCUCGCUGUCACGGCUCAUGUAUCCACACUCCCGUCGGCCUGGGGAUUUGCAGAAGCAGAUCCAGCUGAUGUUGAAAUACAUCGAAGAUGUGGACUUUGUCAAGAUGGUGCGAGAUUGGGUGCUGCAUAUCUUGCGGAACACGCCCAAGAACCUGGCAAACCCGUCGGAGGGCUCCGUUGGUGAUGACAGGCACUGGUUCGCUGCGAUCGCCUCUGCCGCGCAGGAGCUUGCCUUGGCGGGCACCUUCCGAGCGGCCUUGCACGGCCGCGUGGUGGUCUUGGUGGGGUCGCUCCUGUCAGCGCUGCUGGCACAUCUGGAACGCAACUCUGGAUUGGAACUCUUGGACAUUCCCAGCAAGCGGGAUCAUUGGCUGAAGCUUUCGACUGCCUCUUUGCUGUCACCCUUGAGCGUCCGCUUGCAGAACGAGGCGGUGAGUGCGCUCUCGGAGUCGGCGACGGCGCAGCACGAGGUGGGCACCGAUGCCUACACCACCGCCCGACCAUUCCAGGGACGCUUCCCAGCGAGUUGGUUCAUCUCAAAGGUGGUGGACGGCUAUCGUCACGUCAUCGAGCAGAACGAAGCCACUGAACAGCUGGCGGCACUGCAAUCCCAAUAUCAGCUGAGUAAGCUGGCAGAAAUUGGCAUCCAGCCAGAGAUGGAGCCGCCCAUGCUGGAGGAUUACAUGGCGGAUUUCACGGCGAUGCAUUUGGAUUGGACGGAGCGCAUAGGUCGAGGUGAUCAGCUACGGAUCUUGAAGAAGACCUUGACCCGGCUGCGGCAGAAACCGUUGACCUCGAUCCUGGAGGUGCACCAGCUCUUCUGGCGCCUGGAAAAGGAGUUGGCCUUCUCCGUGGGUCUGCUGAACGCGGUGCCUGCAGCUGUUCCAGAAGCUGAGCAUUUGAUUGAGACCGCCGAGUUGAACUCCUUGUACUACGACUUGUUGCUGCUGGUGCACGAGACCUUGGCCAAGGAGCUCUCAGAGCUCUCCGCUUUGCCCAGCGAGAAGAGCCAAAACCUCUAUCGCGAGUGGCUCAUGCGCAAGCUGGUGGUCGCGGGUCUCACCAAGGUGCCCGUUGGUGAGCGCUUCAAGCCGGACGUGAAGAAGACGAAGAUUGCGAAGCUGAAGUCCAAUACCGAGCCACGAAUUGAAACUUUGGCCUUGGUCCUUCAGCAUGUGGCUUACCCGUUGGAGCUGCCUUGUGAGGUUGUGAGGGACUUCGCCAAGGAAUUGCCCAAGGAGGGAAGGUUCCGUCGCCAGGAGAAGAUCCGUUACUCUGGAACCUUGUUGGCCAUGCUCAACUUUGGACAGGUCGUAGUGAACCACUUGCCAUCCAAGAAGGACACGUGUUUGCAACAGCUGAGCUCCUUCAUCGAGAGCUGGUUCCUGGACGUUUGCCUCCUCAACGCAGAGGCGAUGAACGACCUGGAAUCCGCAAGCCUUCGACUGGUCUGCAGUGUUGCAGCAGGCUUGCCAACGCUUCGAGCCUUAUCGGUGUCUGGCAUCGCCACCGGGAGCCUUGAGGGGUGGUGUGAGAACAUGGACUCAGGCAUCGCGCAGUUGUCGGAAGGGCUCUAUGUGCCGCGCUCCAGCUGCCUCAACUUGGCACUGCUGCGGAAGCUCAUCGUCUCCUCCAGCGGCGAAGCCAAGGCGAGUGCGACUAAGCACAUCGAGGAUUUGCUGAAAGUGGUGGCUGGUCAUGAGAAGCACAACGACACGCUCUUCGCCACGCGCUAUGCCAUUCUCCAGGAGGAAGACAAAGAAGCUGACCAUGGGAAGUGUAUCUAUGAGGAGCCCGAGGAGUGGCCAGAUCUGAAGCUGGAAGAUAUCUUCGGGGACGAUGUGAAGAAAGACACGGCCAAGAUGCUGCAGCUCGUGGGGAAGUGCCGUUGCAUCCUCUCGAUGUAUGCUCAGCUUCUGGUGCAAGAUCCCGUGGACACCGAUCUGCACGCGCGAGCCGAGCCCAAGGUGGAUGGCUUGCUACAGACGGAUAAGCUGGAGUUCCGCUCCGUCUGCCGAUCCAUGCGCCUUUACUUGCUGAAGUGCAUGGAACGCGCGCGCGGGCUUUCCUUCGUGCGUUCGCUGCUGGCGGAGCCGCCGCUGUCGGACACCGCCUGGGUGCAGAAGUGGCGGGAUUUGCACGAUAUCGACUUCGAGAAGUUCAUCGGCGCAGCGCUGGUGCCGAAGUGGAAUCCCUUCCUUGGGGACUCCCAGGACUUGGCGGAGUACAACGAUGCCAUGAAGGCUGUGGUGGAGCUCAUGACAACCACCUCCACCGCCAAGCUUGAGAAGUACGCGCAGGACCUCGCGCACCUGCCCGAGGAGAAACGCCGCCGCGGCAUCGGAGGCCUCCUGCUGGCUGUUUGCCAAGAGCCAGGUUUGCUGGCCGCGCUGGAGGAGCCGCAUCAUAGGCCUCCCUGGCGGCCUAAGCUCUCGGAGUGGCUGAAGAGCAGCCAAGACCUCAAGGUCUCCGACAAGGAGCGCAUGUUGCUACGCAUCUUCUCGGGCGACGAUGAGCCCAUCAAUGAGCUACCAGAGACAGAGCAGACGUUCUUGAAGACCUUCGUGACCUACGGCGGCCGCAAGAUGGACGACUUGUUGAGGUGGCGCGUGCUGGCGCAUUUAGCUGCGGUGCUGAUUGCAGCGCCUGAGACCUCAUUGCUUCACAGCCUCCGGAUCAUGAUGCUGGAGCCUGAGAAGCUGACCAAGGAUCACCCGCCCUUCUUGCCGGCGAUGGAUGAAGAUAUCAGGAGCAGAGUGCUGAAGGCGCUGGUGGAGAGAGGUGAGAACAUUUGGAAGUUCAAGAGCCAUUGGUGGAAAUGCUCCUGUGGCUUCACCUUCUUCAUCGGUGAGUGCGGCCGUCCCAUGGAAGUGGCCAAAUGCCCUGGAUGCAGCCUCAAGAUCGGCGGAAGGGACCACAACCAGACGGAGCACACCUUUCAGGAUGACGAGAGCGAUCGUUCCCCUUGGGGCUAUGUGCUACCCAUCGCUGAGAAGGACGAGAAGCACGUCUCCUUCCGAGAGGUGCAGAGCAGCUCGGCGCGCGCCAUCCGCUUGAUGCUCCAUGGCACCAUGUACUUGGGCAUCAUUGCUGCUGCGAAGCCGAAGAUGCCGCGACCUUACACCUCUCUGCAGAACGAGUCCAUGUGCACUCUGAAGGAUUUGCCCGAGUCGGAAUAUAUCGGCAACCACUUCCACAACGACUGGAAGUCCAUGGUGGAAAUCCUCAGCAGCAACACGGAGGAUCUGGCGGUUGGACUCCACAACCUGUUCCUGAAAAUGAGCGAAGAUGGAAAAGAUGAACCCUUGAAACCGACGGAAAUGGGAUCGAAAGCCAGCUGGGGCGUUUUGACCCUGCUGCAACGAAAUUCCUGGGAAGAGACCAUCGAAUCCAAAUACCUGAAAGGCUUGAUCAAGAACCUCGACGAAUCCCUCCAGGACCUCUACAAGAAGUGGGGUGGCGAUCAAGAGGACGGGAAGUUCGUGGCCGAGCUCAAAGAAGCCGCCGACGUGAAGGACUUCCCACCACAGAAGAGAGAACAAGAGAUGCCACAGCUUUGGGCCUAUCGUUCUCCAGUGACCCUAGACGCAUUGCACAACAAGAUUGGCAUCGCGCACAACGCCAAGGAGAACUUCCCGGUGCUGUGUACCAUCCUCCAGAAUCCGCUCAUCAACAUUCUGCCCGCCUUGGGCACUCUGGUGGGCGUCUUCGAGUGGCAAGCGCUGUGCAUCAACCAGUUCAGCGGCCGCAUCACCAAGGCCGCGGCCGGGGAAAUGACGGUGGGCGAAGUGCUCGAGCAGGUGCCGCGGAAUGAGACGGAGAAGCGGCAGUGGCGUCAGGCCUUCAAAAACUUCGAGAGGGCCUGGCGCCUGGCCAUGCCCUACUGUGAGUAUGAGUGCUUACAGAUCUCCGAGAACAUGCGGAAGUACCAACUCUCAGAAGACGAUAUGAUGCUGAUGUGCAUUCCAGACUUCAAGGAUGAUGGCAUGUAUGCAUUAGCUGUGAUGGAUUGGCUGGUGGCGCAACACAACGAACUGGUGCAGAUCGUGGCAGGAACCUUAGGCUACCCCGCACGGAAGGUGUCGUCCCGACUGCUGGCGCAGCACGAUGUCAUCAAAUACAACAAGAAGGAGCUGAUGAAAUUCCUCAGCAACCGCUGCGCCACAUGGGGUGUGGGCGGGAAGCUGAACUUGGACCUGAAGCAGGUUGAGCAGCACCUUCGAAGAGAGCUGAACAGGCCUGAAGUCACCAUCGAGAUGCGUGGCUUCCAAUGGCUGGGCGACUCCUUUGCGGCCGGCAACGAGCUGCGCACGGUCAUCAACCAGCGGGAGCUGCUGCCCGAUACAAUCGACCGAUUGAAGGUGGAGAUUCCAUCUCCUGCUCUGGCAAAUGCCUGCUUGCAGAAGGUGCAAAUGUCCAUCUCCUUCAUCUUGAAGUCUGGUAGCAGCUUAGGUACUGAGAAGUCAGGCGAGAUGCUACUGAGCGACUACAUGCGUUCGGUCCUGGCAGAAAGCCCUGAGACCUUCAUGUCCGCGGCGGCACGCAGCGACGUGCAUUUGUGGCACGUGGACGCCCUGGUGAAGGUGCUGAAGCAAAUCGUCAACAAGGACCCAGUGGAUAGCAUGGAUCCAAAGUAUAAAGAGGAUCUUCCUGCGGACCUGAAGCAGCAAGUCAUAGAAGUGAAGGAUAAGUUGCCAGACCAACUGGUCGAUGUGCUGGGCACCUUCGGCGAGACGCGGCUCACCGAGACCUACAUCGGCGUCGACUACGAGAUCUUGACGAUCCUGCAAUCGGUCAGAGAAACCCUAGAGAUCAACGAUGAGAUCUUCGAGGAGAUCGAAAAGCACCUCCCUCGAGAUCUGCUGAUGAAGCAUUGGGCUGCCGUCUAUAAGCUUCUGCGCGACUGA